AAAAAUAAACAGUUUGUUUAUUUCACAGAACAUAGUUUACUAUGUCCAAUUAAUUAAUGAUGAGUUUGAAACCUUUGAAUUAAAUUAAGUUUUGUCACUUAAUUACGUUAUUAGCAGUAUUAAUAGGUAACAAUCAGAUUAUCGAUUUGCUUGUUGGUAGGAGAACCGCAAAUAAAUAUAACCUCAAAAUGUCUGAUGAUGAAGAUGUAAUUGUUGUAAAGAAGAGUAAGCAAGUCCAUUAUGGGUCGUUGGAAGAACAGGAGAAAGCUCGGCUGGCGGCCCUGGCCGCUGCCGUCAGGGAGGGCGCUGAAGACUCCGGUGGCAAAGAACUUGGAGAUAUACAAAUUUCAAAUGAAUAUAUGGAAUUGGAAGAAGAAAUGUCUAAAGACAAGAAGGCACUUUUAGAGGAGUUUGAACGGAGACGCAAAGCCAGACAGCUGAACGUAUCCACGGAUGAUGAUGAGGUCCGUAGGAGUUUGAGACAGUUAGGAGAGCCUGUGUGCCUCUUUGGUGAGGGUCCUGCGGAAAGAAGGGUACGCUUAAGAGAUCUACUAAGCUACCUUGGAGAAGAUGCUAUCCACAAGAAGAUGGAAGAAGAAGAGGCUCGUAUAGAGAGGGAUAGAGGUAGGGAAGGUACCUGGUACCAUGAGGGACCGCCAGAACUGAGGGAUGCUAGAGUAUGGAUAGCGAGAUACUCGCUGCCAAGAGCUAAAGAGAGAUUAAAUAAAGCGCGCGAAGACUUGAAACAAGCGGGUAGCGUUCGAGCAGCUGCUAAGCAAGAGUCUCAACGAAGGGCGGCAGCUAUGGCGAUAUAUUGCAGCCAGAUUGGGGACACGCGACCAAUAAGUUACUGCAGGUUUAGCGGCGACAGUAAAAUGCUCAUCACAUCUAGCUGGUCUGGUCUCAGCAAAGUGUGGUCUGUACCGGAUUGUACUCCGUUACAAGUACUCAAAGGGCACUCUUGCAACGUAAGCGCGGCCACGUUCCAUCCUCACGCUAAAAUACCGCAACACUUCCAAGAUAAGAUUAAUAAUUCCGAAGAAAAAGAAGCACAGGUCACUGAGCCAAUGGAGACAUCUGAAGGUUCUGCAUGCACUAUGGCCUCUUGUGCUUACGAUGGAUCCGUUUAUCUGUGGAACUUCAACAGUGAAGCUCCUAUAGCGUCUUUGGACGGGCACGGUCCGUCACGCGUGUCCCGGGUCGAGUUUCAUCCCUCGGGACGUUUCUUGGCCGCCACAGUGUUUGAUAAUUCAUGGCGUUUAUGGGAUUUGGAGACUGCAACUGAAGUGCUGCAUCAAGAGGGGCACGCUAAACCUGUCUAUUGUAUAGCUUUUCAAGGAGACGGAUCGUUAGCUGUUACUGGCGGUAUGGACGCGUUCGGUCGCGUUUGGGACAUGCGCACCGGCCGCUGUGUAAUGUUCCUGGAGGGUCACCUGGGGCCGGUUCUGGGGGUGGACUGGGCACCUAACGCCCACCAACUGGUCACCGCCGCCGCAGACCAUCAGGCUAAAAUCUGGGAAUUGAGGCAACGAUCUAUUUUAUAUACGAUACCGGCGCAUACGCAUUUGAUAAGUGACGUCAGGUAUCAGCGUAGUAACGGUCAUUUCUUGGUGACGUCAUCGUACGACCGCGCCGCCAAACUGUGGGCGAGUCCCGCCUGGCAUCCGCUGAGGACAUUAGCGGGACACGACAAUAAGGUAAUGAGCACGGAUAUAUCAUACGACAACAAGUACAUAGCGACUUGCUCCUUCGACAGGACGUUUAAGUUAUGGGCGCCUGAUCUAUCUUAGUGUUGAUGUAAAUAAUUAGUUAUAAGUGUAAUAUUUUUUGCCAAUAAAGAUUUAUUU